CGAAGAGGUCCGAAUACAGAUCCAGGCAAGAUUUUAUGAGAGUAAUAUUAAUAUCUUUAAGUAGCCUAUAAUUACAUGUUUAUAAAAAUGAGUAGAAUUCAAAGUUUAAACCAAAAUUGUAAAAAUAUAUUUAGAGAAUUUAGCAUUUGUUUAGAUUAAGUCAUCACGGGCUACAUAACUCAGUAGCCGAGUUUGAAGAAAAAAAAACCGUUCCUGUAUAUAGAGUGCCGCUUAUUUCCUCAAUGGAGGAGUUUUUCUUUACCAUAUGACCUUUGAUAUAUUUUAAGGAUGAAGUGCGGACGAAAGGACAUGAAUCAGAAAAUAUCCUCCAGACUUUCUAUCUGACAGUAGUGGAUUUUGGGAUUUAAACUUGAAUAUUGUUUGUUUCUACAAAUGUCAACUCCGCUAACCGCGGCUGUGUAGUUACACACCGGCGACUGCUGCUGGGGCAGGACCACACGAGACCGCUCCGAAGACGCAGGCGCGGGCGGCGCAGUUUUUUUUUAUUAUAUCGCUUCCAGUAUUCAUUGGGACAUUUAUUUAGUUUGAUUUAAAUCCAACUCGCAAUUUCCACAUGGGAGGAAACGGCAAUACAGCGGUGUUAUCCGGGAAAGAUGAGCGGCUGUGUGUCAUCAUUGACUUGAUGGUUGGCAUGAACUUGGAUUCAGGUUUCCAUAAAACUGGACGCUGAAUUCGAACAUCCCUUACCUCUUCGGAUCGACCCGGAAAGCCGGGUUGCUUUUUCUAGGACCUGUUACAGUUAAAAUUCUGAGACUACCUGGGCGAAGGGAACUUAAGAAACCAUCGAAUCUACAUUAACCCUUCUGUUAAAAUUUCAUACAUUAAAGACAUAAACCGACUGAACUUGAAGUUUCGCGCGUCAGCUGCUAUUAACUGAUGGCUUCCUCCGUAACUCUAUCGCUGUUUCUACUCUUCCUCACCGUGGCAACUGGGGGGGCUGCUGAUGCGGAGGAGCGGCUGGUGACCGAGCUCCUGGGGCCCGAGCGCUACAACAAGCUGAUCCGCCCCGCCGUCAACAAGAGCCAGCAGGUCACCAUCGCCAUCCAGGUGUCCCUGUCCCAGCUCAUCAGCGUGAAUGAAAGAGAGCAGAUCAUGACCACGAAUGUGUGGCUCACUCAGGAGUGGCAUGACUAUCGGCUGAUGUGGGACCCUCUGGAGUAUGAGGGCAUUAAGAAGCUGCGCAUCCCCUCUCAGCACAUCUGGCUGCCGGACAUCGUCCUCUACAACAAUGCUGACGGGACGUACGAGGUGUCAUUCUACUCCAACGCUGUGGUGUCCUACACCGGGGACAUCUUCUGGUUGCCCCCGGCGAUCUACAAGAGUGCCUGCAAGAUCGAGGUGAAGAACUUCCCCUUCGACCAGCAGAACUGCACGCUGAAGUUCCGGUCCUGGACCUACGACCACACGGAGAUCGACCUGGUGCUCACCAGCGACUUCGCCAGCCGGGACGACUUCACGCCCAGCGGAGAGUGGGACAUCGUGUCCCUGCCCGGACGCAAGAACGAGGACCCCGACGACAUCACCUACCUGGACAUCACCUACAACUUCAUCAUCAAGAGGAAGCCGCUCUUCUACACCAUCAACCUGAUCAUCCCCUGCGUGCUCAUCACCUCCCUGGCCAUCCUGGUCUUCUACCUGCCGUCCGACUGCGGGGAGAAGAUGACGCUCUGCAUCUCCGUGCUCCUGGCCCUCACCGUCUUCCUCCUCCUCAUCUCCAAAAUCGUGCCCCCCACCUCGCUGGCCGUGCCCCUCAUCGGGAAGUACCUGAUGUUCACCAUGGUGCUGGUGACCUUCUCCAUCGUGACCAGCGUGUGCGUGCUGAACGUGCACCACCGCUCCCCCAGCACGCACCGCAUGCCGCUCUGGGUGAAGAGGGUCUUCCUCCACAGGCUGCCCUCCUUCCUCUUCAUGCGCCGGCCCGGCACGUCCAACAUCCGCGAGCACUUCCGGCGGAAGCACCGGGGGACGUCCUUCUCGGGCGCGGCGGGCGGGCCGGGGGGCGGGCCGGGGGCGGCGGACGCCGAGGCCUUCUACGUGAGCGAGGACUCGGCGCGGCGGUACGGCUGGCGCGCCGGCGGCCUGCCCGAGAGCACAGAGUUCCGCCGGAGGGUGCGGGGCAAGCGCGAGGCCGACCUGGAGGAGGCGACCGACGGGGUGCGCUUCAUCGCCGAGCACAUGAAGAGCGAGGACGACGACGAGGGCGUAAUCGAGGACUGGAAGUACGUUGCCAUGGUGAUCGACCGGCUGUUCCUGUGGAUAUUCGUGCUGGUGUGCGUGGUGGGGACCGUUGGGCUGUUCAUGCAGCCGCUCUUCCAGAGCUACAACACACCCGCCGCCGAGGACGGGUGAUCGAUCCGCUCCCUGCGUCCGCCCAAACACCCGGCCUGACGCUGCGCCCUGCAGCACAGACACACGGUCACAUACAAACAACUCAGGACUUCAGUUUGAGGGCACCACUUAUUUUCUCCAUUGGGUUUGUUGGUUUCCUUUAAAAAGUGUGGAACCACAUCCUAGUUUUAAAUCAGUUAAUAGUGUGAUCAUAUGUGAGUCAAAGAUAUUCUGGGUGUUGAGAGGUAAAGGUGUGGUGUGUGCUUUGGAAUGAUUGCUGAAUCCAAAGUUCUGCAGGAAGAUAAGAUGAUGUCACGACAAUGUCAAGAUCUGAUCUGAAGAGAUCUGUCUUCCAGGGCGAAACCUACUGACUUUAGUGACAUUUACUAUCGGAGGUAAAGACCAAAAUUCUCUGCUUUCGUUAGCAGUUGAUGAAGCGCAGUUGAUGAAGCGCAGUUGAUCUUGCUUUAUAUAAAUGAUGACAGCUGUACUGUAACGGCUAUGAAGUGGAAAUGGUUUUACAGGGUGAAGGUUUCAGUUGGACAGUCACUCAUUGGACUUGGAAGCAAUGAGAAUUAUUUCAUUUUAUGGGUGAGAUUUUCAUUUUCUAUACUGUUUUCUAAACAGUUUAUGUAAGGAAGGCUUCAUUUAGUGACUCAGACACAAUUGUUUUUCCCCUUACUGAGUUUUUGUCUGUGUCUUUUUCAGACAUACUAGCACAAAACAUUUUUAACGAAGCUGGUAGCAAUAAACCUGUUUUAUAUAAAAGCCACAAGCACACAAUCCAAGCCCAUUUGGAUGAAGACUCUCUUGACAAGGGAAGUAGCCGUGUGAAUAAUGAGAACUACAGUCCCCACAAUACACUGUGGGUACAGCCUCCCACUCUUACUGAUUAUGAUUUUCACAGAGUUGGACAACUACACUACGCUUAACUGGGGUUUUAAAACAUUUAUAUGUACUUUAUGUGAAGCUCAAUUGUUUGUUCAAAACAAACUCUUUCACUUCUGUGAUUAAUACUGCUACUGCAAGAGGUACUAUUAUCUGGGAAGCAAAUAUAAAGUUCACAAACAUUGUUUUUUUCUCAUCAAAUUUUAUGUCAUAUAUAUUCUUUUUGGAAGAACGUGAUUGUUUUUUUUUUGUUUCCUGUCAUGUUACGUUUUCUCUGUCUACUAAAAGAUAGACGGGAAAGAAAAAACUAACAUUUUAUUAUGCAGCAAUGGUGUUAAACGGUUGAAUACACUAUUAAAUAUUGUGAAUGGAGGUCUGGUGAAGCAUUGCUUUAUUUAUUUCAUGUACAGAGAUUUUGUUUCAUUAUGAUUUAUGCAUCAAAGCAUAAAUAAUUGUUUGAUACAGUUGCCAAUACCUGUGAAUAGAUGUACCGUGCGUAACAGUAAAACAUUUUUAAAUUGCCUUAAUUGAAAAAAAAAAGUAGAAGCAUAAUUGGACAAAUAAACUUGAAUGGAAAUAAUGGAGUAUCAAUUAUCCAAGUCAGGUAACUCUCCAAGCAACAAUAUAAUCUGUAAACAAAAGAGACAUCCUUUGUAUUAUUGAAAUAAAAUGGGCUGAAAAUAUAAAUUUG